UUCUUCGAACUGUCGUUUCAGGUUAUGACAUCGAAAAAACGUCGACCCGCUAUUUAGUUGAUUAUUUUGUUUCCCCUCACGAAGGCAAUCCGCAGCAACACAAAGUAAUAAUCAUAUUAAAUUCCUCUGUUAAGCUCAUAAAUUAAUAACCAUGGAUGAUGUUAUAUCACAAUUCAUGGAUAUAACCGGGGUCGAACGGGAAAGAGCCUCAUUCUAUCUCGCCUCGUCAGCUUGGCAGUUAGAGGUUGCCCUUGGUAAUUUCUACGAGUACGGUGAGUCAGGUGCCCCGGAGGGAGCCCCUGAGAUAAUCCCCGUGGACGUAGCAACCGACAGAUCAUCCCCGGAAGAGAUAUCCCAGCCUGAAGUGACAGAAUCAAUGAACAUGGAUCCCUCUAAGCAGAAGCCUAAGUCCAAGCCUAAAUCGACGUCGCGUUUUGCUACCCUGAGCUCCUUCCAGAACCAGGAGAGCAGCUCUGACGAGGAGGGACAGGCGUUCUACGCUGGGGGCUCGGCGACCAGUGGUCAGCAGAUCCUGGGGCCCAACAAGAAGAAGGCAGACAUCAUCAACGAUAUGUUCAAGACUUGUCAGAAGCAGUCGGUGCCUGGAGAGGAGAAGCCCCAGAGCCAUUGCUCGCACCAGCAGAGGCCCAAUACAUUCAGUGGGACUGGGUAUAAAUUAGGACAAACUAGUAGUGACACUGAAGUAAUUCCUGCAUCACCAUCUAGUCAGCCCAGUAACACUGGAAUGAUAACUCUGAAGCUGUGGCGCGAUGGUUUCACCAUAAACGAUCGUGAAAUACGAUCAUACACUGAUCCCCAGAAUCGUGAAUUUCUGGAUGCAAUUAAAAGGGGAGAAAUACCAGCUGAGAUACGCGAGGAGGUGCAGGGGGUUGAGGCCCGUCUGGACAUGGAGGAUCAUCGUCAUGAGGAGUAUGUACCAUCGAAGCCAAAGGUCAAAGCUUUCGCUGGCAAGGGGCACAAGUUGGGAAGCCCAUCACCAGCAACAGUGGGCAUGACAGUACCAGCAGAUCCAGCAGAUCAGGCAGCCAACGAGUCCCAGGCUCGUAGCCAACUGAAUCUCGACACAAACAGUCCCACAACAACGAUUCAAAUAAGACUGGCAGAUGGUCAGAACAUUCGUGAGCAGUUCAAUCUGACUCACACAGUCGGUGACAUCAGGAGGUACAUAACAACGAUGAGACCUCACUACGCAAUUCAGGAUUUCAGUCUCCUGACUGCUUAUCCAACUAAAGAACUCACUGAAGAGGACAAGACAAUCGAGGAGGCUGGUCUAAAAAAUUCAGCUCUUAUGCAACGCCUUAAGUAGAAACAGAUCUUUCAUAUUUGCUACUAUUAAAAUAUUCGUAUUGUAUUUAAGUUCACGUUUUCAACGGUAAAUCAAUAAAAAGAUAGAAUUUGGUUAACGACAAAAAAGUACUGGAGAUGUUUAGCCCAUUCUAA